AUACAUACAUAUAUCGAGCAAACAUAAUUAAUGAGAUUGGCGAUCGGCGUGGAAAAACAGGUGCUAAUUACUGGGCGAUAGUUCGGCAUAGACAGAAGUGUUUGCUUGUAGAUAAACAGAUAAUGAAUCUAUGAUACAUUUGCCAAUUCAGUUGCUGUGUCUCGGCUGUGUUGUUAAUUAAGCCUUCACACAUUCGAGUGCGCCACUUGAAAUAAAACGUUGUCACAGUUGAGCCGAAACAGCCAAACAAAAGCAAAAACAAAACGUAACAACAAUAAACAAACAAGGAGAGAGUAUUAACGUGUGCGGGCGGCGGCGACGACGACGGUAAUGAAGUGUACAUGUGAGCAUAUGUGUGAAUUUAAACAGUUAUCAACGGUAACAGUAGCAGUUUCCCAAAGCUUAAGCAUAAGCAGCGCUGCUGCAGUCAGCGUCGCUUAUCACAGCGCAGCAUUGCAGUCUGUAGAGAACGAAAGCGCAAAAGCAACAGCGACAGCAACGACGCCGACGCCGACGCCGACUGCGCACAAUCGCCUCUUAUAAUUUACAUGCUGCGGCUGCGACUCCCGCAUUGCAAACAACUUCACCUCGACGCUGUGACUGUCGCUGUCGAUGCUGCUACGCUGCAAAGGAAGUCGAGUCUUGUGACUACGGCGCAGCAACAAAAGUGCAGCUAAUUGAGUUUAAUGCACAAGCAAAAGGAAUUUGGUUUUGAUUUCGUUUUACAUGUGACGCAUAAACAGCUAACCGCAAUGCGGAACCAUUUACAACAAAAGUAACAAAACAAAUGCAAAAAAAAAGAAAAAAAUAAACAAACAAACAAAAUAAGAACAAAAACUUACAUUCAAGUGACAGUUGAAACAACAAUUUGCACAAUAAGCAAGCUGUAAGUGCAAGAAAGUAAACAAACACACACAAAUAAAUGCAAUUUUUAGUGCCUAUUUAAUAUACAAAAGUGUCAAUUUAUUUAUGACAUUGUGAUAAAGUUGCGCGAAACCAAAUCAAACAAAAUGAAGUUAAACAAAAAUGGCAACGAAUCUCAUCUCCUUAUGCCACCACCAGCAUCAAAUCAUCAAAUCGUACGCACGUGCUCCAAUGCAUCCUCGCUGCGCUAUAAUAUGGGUCAAGAUCACAGCAAGAUCGACGAUAUGGAGGAGGGGGGCCUGGGCUAUACGCAUACGCUGAUGUAUGGUCGCUAUACCAAAGAUCUAGGUGAAUUUGCUAAAGAUGAAGCCAGAAAACUCAAAAUACUCGAAAAGCGACGAAAGCAAGAAGACAAACAAAGGAAUAAGGAACUGCUAGGGAAGCGAGCGACGCGCAUCAAACGCAUCUCAUCAUGGAUAUGGAAGCAUACACUGGCACGCCUGGGCGAGGAUUGGGUGUUCCUGGCGCUGCUGGGCAUCAUUAUGGCGCUGCUGUCGUUCAUUAUGGACAAAGGCAUCUCGAUAUGUACAAAUGCGCGUAUUUGGCUUUAUCGCGAUCUUACAUCACAGCCUUUCAUACAGUAUAUUGCUUGGGUCUCAUUACCGGUCUGCUUAAUCUUAUUCUCAGCCGGCUUUGUACAUCUCAUCGCGCCGCAAAGUAUAGGCUCCGGCAUACCAGAAAUGAAGACAAUACUAAGGGGCGUGUCGCUGAAAGAGUAUCUCACAUUUAAGACAUUAGUUGCCAAGAUAAUUGGUUUGACGGCAACUCUGGGCAGCGGUAUGCCAUUAGGAAAGGAAGGUCCUUUCGUACAUAUAGCAAGUAUUGUAGCACAAUUAUUAAGUAAACUCGUCACAUCAUUCCAAGGCAUCUAUGAGAAUGAGUCGCGUAAUUCUGAAAUGCUAGCAGCUGCCUGUGCCGUGGGUGUUGGCGCCUGCUUUGCAGCGCCCGUUGGCGGCGUGCUAUUCAGCAUUGAGGUCACCACCACUUACUUUGCCGUACGCAAUUAUUGGCGCGGCUUCUUUGCGGCUGUUUGUGGUGCCACCGUGUUUCGACUGCUGGCGGUUUGGUUUCAAAAUGCGGACACUGUGCGUGCGCUGUUCCUCACCAACUUCACCACCGAAUUUCCCUUCGAUCCGCAAGAGCUCUUUGUAUUUGCUCUAAUUGGUCUUGUCUGUGGCCUGGGUGGCGCCACCUAUGUUUGGGUUCAUCGUCAGUACGUGCUCUUCAUGCGUUCCAACAAGCGCAUGAAUAAGUUUUUACAAAAAAAUCGCUUUUUGUAUCCUGGCUUUCUGGCUCUGUUGGUCUCCAGCAUUUCGUUUCCCCUGGGCACGGGUCAGUUUCUGGCCGGCGAGCUGAGCACUCAUGAGCAGGUGACGCAGCUGUUUAGCAACUUUACCUGGUCACGCGAUGAUCUAACUGUGGAGCAGGCAGCUGUCGUUACCCACUGGAUGACCAACUAUACCAGCGUCUUUGGCAAUCUGGUGUGCUACACCAUUUUCACGUUCUUCAUCUCCAUUAUCGCUUCGACGAUACCCGUGCCCUCGGGCAUGUUUAUACCUGUCUUUAAGAUAGGCGCCGCCUUUGGGCGUUUGGUGGGCGAGCUGAUGGCUUCGUGGUUUCCACAUGGCGUGCGCUACGGCGGCCGCUUGUCACCCAUCAUGCCCGGCGGUUACGCUGUGGUGGGUGCCGCUGCCUUCUCCGGCUCUGUCACGCACACAGUCUCCGUGGCGGUGAUUAUCUUUGAGAUGACUGGACAGAUAACGCAUGUGGUGCCGGUGAUGAUAGCCGUGCUGGUGGCCAACGCUGUGGCAGCGCUGCUGCAGCCCUCCAUCUACGAUAGCAUCAUAUUGAUCAAGAAGCUGCCGUAUCUGCCAGAUCUGCUGCCCUCCAGUUCGGGCAUGUACAGCAUCUUUGUGGAGGACUUUAUGGUGCGCGAUGUGAAGUAUAUUUGGCAUGGCAUCUCCUAUCAGAAGCUCAAGGAGGUGCUCAAGAUUAACAAGACGCUGCGCUCGCUGCCACUGGUGGACAGUCCAGAGAACAUGAUACUGUUGGGCUCGGUGCAGCGCUAUGAACUCAUCAAGAUCAUUGAGAAGCACAUAGGACGCGAGAAGCGCAUGGAGGUGGCACAAAAGUGGAAAAAAGAGGCGGAGGAGCGUGCACUCGAGGAGGAGAUGAAGAAGCUUGAGGUGGAGCAGAAAAUGCGCCGCCCAUCGCGCUUUGAAGUGCUGCCCGCACCGGACAUACUCAGCCUCAGGCAAAUUGCCAACGAUGAAAUGCUGCCGCCCAAGAAGCGCGCCGAGACCAUUCACGGCUCCCUCACGCCACGCAAGUCGAUCCUGAAGAAGACCAACUCGUUCAAUUUGAAGACCUAUGCGCCGGCUACGCAGCACAGUCCCAGCAUGACGCCGUAUACGACCAUAACGGGCAACUCGGAGUUUCGCAUACGCUCCGCCUUUGAGGCCAUCUUCAAGAAGUCAACCACACUGCAGGAUGUGCAGCCUGAUCCAGAGAUGGGCUCCAUUUCGCCCACGGCCAGCAACAGCGAAGUGCCAACGCAGAAUGCGCCAAGUGCGCCCAGCACUCCCGGCAUAUCCAAGAAGGUUCAGCUGCAAGCACAAAACAAUUGGAACUUUGUCACCGAUCAGAUCAUGCUGGUAAGUAACUCAUCAUCAUCAUCAGCAUCACCCCACAGCCUCGUCUUUAUCUGUAGCUUAUUACUAAUCCUAUUCCAUAUCUGCAAGCAAGUAAAUUCAGCUUCAACGGACGUGGAGACCACUAAAAAUCUGGAUAACAAAGAUGAUAUAGCAUACGAUAAUGCAAACGGCAUUAAACAUAAAACAAAUAAAGUUUCAGACAUACAUACGCAGUUUACUGAGAUCAACGAAAAGGAAAGUUACAAUGGCAAAGCUACAAGAUCCAAAAAAAUUACAUUUAGCAAUGAGGUUAAGGUGCAAGAUUCUCCAAAUCAUAGCCAUAUGUUAAAUAGUUCAAGCGAUAAACGGGAAUUGACAUAUACGAUUGAGGAUAUUGAUGAGCAAAUGAAUAAUCUUAAUAUAGACGAGCUAGCCGAUGAAUCUACGCCCAUAAGAAAGAUGAAAUCUGUGCAAUUGCCGCGGGAACGUGUAAUAGAUAUGUCGCCAGAGGAUCAAAAGCAAUGGGAACUGGAGGAAAUGCAAAAGCCUAUUGAUUUAGGAAAAAUACAGAUACAUAUUGAUCCAUCGCCAUUUCAACUGGUUGAGCGCACCUCCAUACUCAAGGUGCACUCUCUGUUCUCAAUGGUGGGCAUUAAUCAUGCCUAUGUAACAAAGAUUGGGCGGCUUGUUGGCGUCGUAGGUCUUAAAGAGCUUCGCAAGGCCAUUGAGGACAUCAAUAGCAACAACUUUGUGCCACAUCCACGUGAUGAUGAGAUCGAUGGCGUUAGCAAGCCCGCUGCAGAGAAGCCAUUGCUAACAACCAGCGCCAGUGAUAAGGCCGUCGAUAUGACAGUCACAUCCAUGGACUCGGCGCUAUCUAAUUCGGACAACUGCUCCGAUAUUGAAAUGGAGCACAUCAAGAGCAUGCAAACGCCCACACCAGCUACAGAGACAAAUACAACAGCAGAAACAAGCAUAACGAAAAAUUCAGAUAAACCUGUUUAAAUAGACUCUGAUCAUAUACACAUAUAUCGUUUGUUGUAGUUACAUGAGCAAAAACAAGAAAACAAACUAAAACAAAUCUAGAUUAAGCCAUAAUUUAAUUAGAGUUUCAAGUUGUUAUGUAUUUAUAUUUCGCUUAGUGCAUAAAGUCAAAGAUAUCGUGAUCUAUAUAAUAAGUUGAACCUAACUAAUCGUUAAAUAUAAUAAAUAAAUCGGUUAAUUUCAAAACAAGUUAUACCGAACAUUG